AUGUCAGUGCCAAUGCCAAAGCCGCUGCAAAGAUUCUACUCUUUGUUCCCUCUUCGUAUAUAUGACGAGCCUUUCUCACUUCCAACGACAACCUCAACCUCGCCUUUUGCAUCUGGCACCGGUCCCGCACAUCCUACACUUUUCAUACACCCUCCAUCUGAUCCAACAAAGUCGCUACUUUCAACUGACGUUGAAUGCGUCAAGUGGCAGGCAUACCUCGCCUUACGUGGUGUUUCCAAAAGUAUCAACAUUCGCUGGGAUUUGUCUCCUGAAGGGGCGAUAGACCAAAGGCUACCAAAUCUCUACCUCCCGGUCAAGCAGAUGCAAAAUGUCAAGGCGGAGAUGAAGGGAGAGCUGCUCGAAAGUAGCCGGAUCCCAAGCUGGGUAGAUGGGGAACUUGGCCAGAAUCGGGCACCUCGUGGCGAAGACGAAGACGAUCACAUAUUGGAGGGAUAUGUGGACGAAGACGCCCGUGACGAAAGUCGUGCUUGGGUCAUGCUCCUGGAGACCGACAUAGAUGCUGCAUUACGAGCCACCUCCACGAAUAGAGACUCGUUUUUGAAGCGUCUAAUAACAUUUCCGUCACCAAUGGUUCCAGAAAGGCCUCUCCUCACGAAGCCAUAUACUGGACUUUCGUCAAUGAUCACUCCGUUUGGCAGCGCUGUGAUCAUUACACCUAUCCUAGAACGUUAUGCGGAGGCCUUGAAAGCUCUCAGUUUGCGCUUGGGCGGAUCACGGUGGUUUCUUGGCUCGAGAGGACCAACUGCCCUAGAUUCUGUCGCUUUUGCCUAUCUUCACUCCGCACUGGAGUCUCUAUAUCCAGAAAUUCGAGAAGAGGCCAGGAAAUGGGUGAAUCUUGUGGCAUGGGAGCAACGAGUACGCGAGAGUAUCUCGGCAUCUUUACACCACUAG